UUCUCCUGCUCCUGCUCCUCCGGUCCUGCCGCCACUCACCAACCCAGCGAGACGCAAAGCGCGAACGCGGCAGCCGACGAUGGAGGUGGAGGCGUUCCCGAUACGGUUCACGAGGGGGAUACGCUCCUACUGGGGGAGGCGCAAGUACCAGCGGCUGGAGGCGGCGAACGGCGCGGGGAAGACGAGGGCGACGCAGCAGCUGGGCGGGCGCCGCGGCGGCGCCGGCGCCGGGUGGGGGCUGCGGCUGCGCCGGCUGCUCCGCGUCCGCGUGCGGGUGGCCAAGGCGCUGUCCCCGGCGCGGCUGCUGGCGCGGGUCCGCGACGCGUACGUGGGCGGCAUGCUCGCGGUGUCGAGGAAGGCGUCCGCCAUGGCGCUCCCCACCGCGCCGGAGGGGCUGUGGCCCAGGCGCGUCCCGCGCCGGAAGCAGCUCCCGGCGCCGCGGCCCGGCCAGCUCACCGACUUCGAGCAGAGGCUCGUCGUCGAGAUAUACAAGUCCAUCGUCGCCUCCAAGGAGCUCACCACCAUGCUCCAUCACUCCGCCGCGCACCUGCCGCAGCACAACAACACGGCGUCUAGCCAGCUGCUACUCCACUAGCCCGCGGCAUCGAUCGACAUGGAAACCACAAAAGCGAGCUCUGCAACUUCGUUUGCUCGCUGCUCGAUCAUGUCGUCGUUCUACUACGAUUACUACUACUACUGUUCGUUCCUUGUAAUUUGUAAGAAAUAUUAGUUAGGAGACGAUCGAUGAUGGUCUACACGGUGCAAGAGCCGCCGCGAGUGUUGUUCUGUAACCAAGAAAAUUAAUCGAUCAAGCAAAGUUCGUGCCUCCGCCGCCGCCUUCUUCUUGUUCUUCUUGCAUCUUGGACGCUUUGCUUUCGGGAUAAUCACCAGAGUGAAAAUCAGAGGAUGUCGCUGUCAUGGUAAACCUUAAUUACCACUGGUUUCAUCCCUGCAGCCUCUGCGGGUCAAACUUCAACACAUCAUAAUCAUGUGUUUUGACAGAAAAAAUGUGUGGAUUACAGACGGAAAUUCUGUGUAACAAGAACGUGCAAUUGGAAAAG